AUGACUCAGUCCUUCAAACAGGACUGGACAACCGUCAAUAGGAAGGUUAACAACAAACCUACAAAACAACUGAAUGUGAAACUGCAGAACAGAUUUGCUCCACUAUCAAAGGACCCUGGAUCUAUAUCGGACAACCAUCCACCUAAAAUAAAUAAAAAGGGGAAGCUGGAGCAGGAGAUCGCUGAGCUGAAGAGGAAAGACGGCGAGCUGGAGCAGCUCUCACACACAGAGGAUCACAACCAGUUUCUACACAACUACCCCUCACUGUCAGCACUCAGUGAGUCUACACACUCAUCCAGCAUCAAUAUUCGUCCUCUGAGGUACUUUGAGGAUGUGACAGCAGCUGUGUCAGAGACCAGAGAUAAACUACAGGACAUUCUGAGAGAGGAAUGGACAAACAUCUCACUGACAGUCACUGAAGAGGAUGUUUUACUGUCACCACCAGAGCCAAAGACCAGAGCUGGAUUCUUAAAAUAUUCACAUGAAAUCACACUGGAUCCAAACACAGCAAACACACAUCUGUUAUUAUCUGAGGGGAACAGAAAAGUAACAAGAAUAAAAGAACAACAGUCUUACUCUUAUCAUCCAGACAGAUUCACUGGAUGUCAUCAGGUCCUGAGUAGAGAGAGUCUGACUGGACGUUGUUACUGGGAGGUCGAGUGGAGAGGGGGAGGAGUUUGCGUAGCAGUCGCAUACAAGAAUAUCAGCAGAGCAGGGAGUAUCAAUGAAUGUUUAUUUGGAAACAAUGACAAAUCUUGGGCAUUAUAUUGGUUCAUAGGAAGUUUCAAAUUUCGACACAACAAAGUCCAAACUGACUUCUCAGGUCCUCGGUCCUCCAGAGUAGGAGUGUACCUGGAUCACAGAGCAGGUAUUCUGACUUUCUACAGAGUCUCUGAAACCAUGACUCUCCUCCACAGAGUCCAGACCACAUUCACUCAGCCGCUCUAUGCUGGACUUUGUCUUGGAGCCACUGCAGAGUUGAUUAAAGUCAAAUACAGGGAGACCAACACGGACAUCAGUUUAGACUGA